AUGGAACCGAGAGAAAUAGGACUUUGUGCAAUAUUUAAAGGUGCGAAGCAAACAGCAGUUUUUCUUAACCAAUCUCAAGAAGAAGUCAAAAAUUAUAAAUCUCUAGUUCUUCAUCAGCAAUCAGAUUUUUUUGUAAAAUUGAAAGCUAUGAUCUCUGAUGUAGCAAAGGAUAUUGGGCUGAGAAAAUGCGCUGAGAUGAUCAAUGUUCCUGAAUGCGUUUUAAAGCUAUUAAUAUGAGAUCCUCCUGAACUUAAAGAAGCUAGUCCCAGUCUUGUCUCUAAAAGCAUUAUAAAGAUUUCAAAAAGAAAAAAAUCAGAUAAAAAGUUCGAAAAAACAGAGCAUCCAAAUCAGCUUGAACAACUAGAGCAGCAAGAACAAUCUGAAGACCAAAGCCAGUCAGAGUUUCCUUCUGAAUCCCCAAAUCAUUUAGAGCAACCUGAACAAUCAAAUAAGACAAAAUCUGUUUCUGAUUUAACCUUUGAAGACAUAAAACAAAAAGUGAUAGAAAUGUAUCACAGUGGCGGCAAUAUACGCGCAAUCCAAUCUCUCUAUGACAUCCCCAAUGCUGGUGUAAUCCACAGCUGAGGAGACUUCUUAAGAUGCAAACCAGGAAUUACUGAUCAGCUCAGAAACAUAAAAUCAAGUAUAAUAAACCUAAGAAAGCAGGGCAAAUCUGACUUAGAAAUAGCUGAUUUAUUCUCAGUCAGGCUAUUUCGUGUAUCAGAAAUUGCAGGUGAAUACUCUAGAAGUAAAGCAUUUUUUUCUUCUCAAGAUAUUGUGGAUGAAAUCAAAAAUUUUAAAGAGGCACAAAAUAAAGAAGAAUCUUUAAAAAGAUUGGGAGCAAGCGAAAAAAUGUUUGAUAGGUACCUUGAGCAGUAUGAAGCUGGAAAUAUGAAAUUUGACAGGGUUUUUGAAAGUGAUAAUGAAGGAAGCUCAUAUGAAAAAUUGUCUGUAGUGGAAACCUAUUAUAUGAAUAAACAAAAAAGUCUGGAUAAGGCAUUAAAAUCAACAGAGGCACAUGGGGAACUUGUCAAAAAAUGGAUACUGACGAUUGAAGAAAAAACAAAAGACCUUUAUGGGAUGAAAACCAAAGAGCAGGAAUAG